AUGGCUGGAGAGGCCAAUGACCUAGUCUGGUCGAGCGCGCAAGGAGGAGAUCAGGACCAGUUCCUCAAGCUGUUGGAGAGCGGGGAGCUUUCUGAUAUGAAAGUCACUUGCGGGAAGCGCGAAUGGAGUGUCCACAAAGCAAUCCUCUGCGCCAGAAGCGGCUGGUUUAAGCGUUGGACAACCUCGGACGAGGUCAAGGCGAUCAAGGCAGCUAAAUUCAAGGAGCACGAGAUUGACUGCCUGCUGCAGUACAUCUACACAGGCAGUAUCAAUGUGACCGAAAUCUACCCUGUGACUGGUUCCGUCGCAAGCAUUUCAAUCUGGACGUUGGGCGAAUGCUUCGAAAUUCCAGAUCUUUGCAAGCUCGCGCUUGAUGGUUUCAAAGACCAGCUUCGGAAGGCAAGUUGGGAAUUUGCCGGCGCUUCAAGCUCGGAGAACUGGGAUGAACCUAUCGGAAACUGCGUCGACUUCGUCCGCGUACUAUACCAAUACCGAGGAGGACCCAUUUUCGAAGCCUUUGGACCCACCACCCUGUCCUUCUUGGUCUCCAGCAUUCACAUAUUUGGUGAGAGCAGAGACUUCAAGACCCUGCUGCGCGACACCCCGGCUUUCUCCUCGGACUGGGCAGUUGCGCUCACGGACAGCAUGUCAUCCAUUCAGACGCCACCACGCUGCUCAAAAAAAUGUACCAAGUGCAGAAAGCUGAGGACAUCUCACCUCAACCGUCCACGGUGGCUCAAGGAGGGGAAAUCUGAACAUCUGUGCGAGAAAUGCUUUCCUCUCUAA